CUUGCUCCCGGCUGAGGAGCGCUUGGGCUGUCUGCGGACCCCGCCGGGUGCAGGGGUCGCGGCCGACUGGAGCUGGGAGUGAGGCGGCAGAGGAGCCAGGUGAGGAGGAGACAGGAAGGCAGUUGGUGGGAAGUCCAGCCUGGGUGCCUGAGAGCUGUAGGAAGGAGAUGCGGCUGCUGUUGGCCCUGUUGGGGUUCCUGCUGAGUGUGCCUGGGCCUCCGGUCUUGUCCCUGGAGGCCUCUGAGGAAGUGGAGCUGGAGCCCUGCCUGGCUCCCAGCAUGGAGCAGCAAGAGCAGGAGCUGACAGUAGCCCUUGGGCAGCCUGUGCGGCUGUGCUGUGGGCGGGCUGAGCGUGGUGGCCACUGGUACAAGGAGGGCAGUCGCCUGGCACCUGCUGGCCGUGUACGGGGCUGGAGGGGCCGCCUAGAGAUUGCCAGCUUCCUACCUGAGGAUACUGGCCGCUACCUCUGCCUGGCACGAGGCUCCAUGAUCGUCCUGCAAAAUCUCACCUUGAUUAUAGAUGACUCCUUGACCUCCAGCAACGAUGAUGAGGACCCCAAGUCCCAUAGGGACUCCUCGAAUGGGCACAUUUACCCCCAGCAAGCACCCUACUGGACACACCCCCAGCGCAUGGAGAAGAAACUGCAUGCAGUACCGGCUGGGAACACCGUCAAGUUCCGCUGUCCAGCUGCGGGCAACCCCACACCCACCAUCCGCUGGCUUAAGGAUGGACAGGCCUUUCAUGGGGAGAACCGCAUUGGAGGCAUUCGGCUGCGCCACCAGCACUGGAGUCUCGUAAUGGAGAGCGUGGUGCCCUCGGACCGCGGCACAUACACCUGCCUGGUGGAGAACGCUGUGGGCAGCAUCCGCUAUAACUACCUGCUGGAUGUGCUGGAGCGGUCCCCGCACCGGCCCAUCCUGCAGGCUGGGCUCCCAGCCAACACCACAGCCGUGGUGGGCAGUGACGUGGAGCUGCUCUGCAAGGUGUACAGCGAUGCCCAGCCCCACAUCCAGUGGCUGAAGCACAUCGUCAUCAACGGCAGCAGCUUCGGGGCCGACGGCUUCCCCUAUGUGCAAGUCCUAAAGACUGCAGACAUCAAUAGCUCAGAGGUGGAGGUCCUGUACCUGCGGAACGUGUCAGCCGAGGAUGCAGGCGAGUACACCUGCCUCGCAGGCAAUUCCAUCGGCCUCUCCUACCAGUCUGCCUGGCUCACGGUGCUGCCAGAGGAGGACCUCACAUGGACCGCAGCAACGCCCGAGGCCAGGUAUACGGACAUCAUCCUGUACGCGUCGGGCUCCCUGGCCUUGGCUGUGCUCCUGCUGCUGGCCGGGCUGUAUCGAGGGCAGGCGCUCCACGGCCGGCACCCCCGCCCGCCCGCCACUGUGCAGAAGCUCUCCCGCUUCCCUCUGGCCCGACAGUUCUCCCUGGAGUCAGGCUCUUCCAGCAAGUCAAGCUCAUCCCUGGUGCGAGGCGUACGUCUCUCCUCCAGCGGCCCUGCCUUGCUCGCCGGCCUCGUGAGUCUAGACCUACCUCUCGACCCACUGUGGGAGUUCCCCCGGGACAGGCUGGUGCUUGGGAAGCCCCUGGGCGAGGGCUGCUUUGGGCAGGUAGUACGUGCGGAGGCCUUUGGCAUGGACCCUGCCCGGCCUGACCAAGCCAGUACUGUGGCCGUCAAGAUGCUCAAAGACAACGCCUCUGACAAGGACCUGGCUGACCUGGUCUCGGAGAUGGAGGUGAUGAAACUGAUUGGCCGACACAAGAACAUCAUCAACCUGCUGGGUGUCUGCACCCAGGAAGGGCCCCUGUAUGUAAUCGUGGAGUGUGCUGCCAAGGGAAACCUGCGGGAGUUCCUGCGGGCCCGGCGUCCCCCAGGCCCUGACCUCAGCCCUGACGGUCUUCGGAGCAGUGAGGGGCCACUCUCCUUCCCAGUCCUGGUCUCCUGCGCCUACCAGGUGGCCCGAGGCAUGCAGUAUCUGGAGUCCCAGAAGUGUAUCCACCGGGACCUGGCUGCCCGCAAUGUGCUGGUGACGGAGGACAAUGUGAUGAAGAUAGCUGACUUUGGGCUGGCCCGUGACGUCCACCACAUUGACUACUAUAAGAAAACCAGCAACGGCCGCCUGCCUGUCAAAUGGAUGGCGCCGGAGGCCUUGUUUGACCGAGUGUACACACACCAGAGUGACGUGUGGUCUUUUGGGGUCCUGCUGUGGGAGAUCUUCACCCUCGGGGGCUCCCCGUAUCCUGGCAUCCCUGUGGAGGAGCUGUUCUCACUGCUGCGGGAGGGACAUCGGAUGGACCGACCCCCACACUGCCCCCCAGAGCUGUGAGGCCUCAUCC